ACUGAGUUAACAGAUGGUUUUUUGGACAAUUUAGGGAAUUCUAUGUUUCCCCCAGUUGUUAUAAAUAGAGUGAAUGCUAUAAAAAAUAUAAUGGCGCAACAACUACAAAUUGAGUAUAAGCAGACUGCAGAACUCGCUGAACUAGAGAGGAGAUACCAGAGUAUUUUUGAGCCUUUCUAUAGAAGACGUGCUGAAAUUAUAUCAGGCGUUUACGAGCCCACCGUUGAGGAUUGCUAUAACCCAAGUGACGCAGAAGAAGACAUAGAAUUAUUUACAAGAAGGCAUAUUCUACCUACUUCUGGAUCUGGAUUAAAAAAAGGCAUUCCGAAUUUUUGGCUAACUGUUUUACAAAGCUGCCCACCUUUGAACGCUUUAAUUGAAGAACAUGACCAAGAAGUUUUGCAAUUUUUGGAGGACAUACGAUCAGAGAUGCUGGAAUUCAACGAAAACGUCGGCGGCUACAAACUUAUAUUCGUUUUUCGAAAGAACAAAUUUUUUUCUAAUAAAGAACUUUGCAAAACCUAUUACUACGCGAAGAACGGUAAUUUUCUGAACGCUGAAGUUUUUGAGCGGGCAGAGAGCUCCACAAUCUACUGGUUUAAAGAUAUGGAUCUUUCUGUGGUUCUGACUAAGAAGAAACAAAGACACAAAACAACCGGGAAAACACGAGUUUUUAUAAAAAAGGAGGAGAGACCUACUUUUUUCACCUUCUUUAGGCCCUUCAAAGCUGCCUCAGUCGAGGAGUGUAGUGAAAGCGAAGAGGCCCCCUUUGCUAUCGAACAGGACAUUAACGUGGCAGAACUAUUACGCACUACCAUAAUUCCUUACGCCGUCCUCUGUUAUACGGGUGAACUCAACAUGGACGACUUAUAUUCGGAUGAUAUUCCGAGUGAGGAGGAAAAGAGCGAAGAGUUGGACUCUUUGCUUACUUAAUAGAGAGCAAAGCGCGCUUAAUUUUUAAUCGACCUUUUUAUAGUAUAAGCUUUUUUCCGUCAUGUGC